AGAGGGGCUACAGGGGAAGAGAAGGUUAGAGAGGGGCUACAGGGGAAGAGAAGGUUAGAGAGGGGCUAUACAGGGGAAGAGAAGGUUAGAGAGAGGCUACAGGGGAAGAGAAGGUUAGAGAGGGGCUAUCUGGGAAGAGAAGGAGCCAGUGAACAGCCUCCAUUGUUGUCAAGUUAUUUGGGAGGACUGAAAGAAAGAGAGCGCGAUAGAGCGGAGGGAGGGGGAGGGGGAAGUAGAGUGAGCAAGCAAGAGAGAUGGGAGGGGGUUUGUGUGCAUGUACGUGUAAAAAGAGUGACUGAGGCAGCAAGAGGGAUAGAGUUAACGUUGUUGGGCAUACCAGUACAUCACAGGAGGGGAGGGGAGAAGAAACAGCCUCUACACCACGAGAGCAACCUGAUCAGUACUGGCCUUGGGAACAACUUUUUUCACACAGGACUGUUUCUCUCUUAAACACCCUAUUCAGGCAGAGGAGGCCAAGCAAGGAAUAAAUAGCGAAGAGAACGAGAUGGGAGUGAAGGCAAGCUGACCUGCUAUACAUAACUCUUAGCUGAAAGAGAGAGAGACACCAUUCACCAGAGGGAUUCUCUGUGGAAUGACCGUGUCAUGAUGCAGUCGCUGAGUCUCACCCCGCACCCAGGUGACGAGGGAGGGUGUCUCCGGCCAUCGGCCAAUCACAGAAGGUACUUUAGGAUAGUCACUUCCUGUUUGUGUUCAUCAAUACUUCCUCUCGGAACCCUCCAGCCUCACUGACGUCCCGCCCCCUUGGCCAAAGUGCCAGGAUUCCGGUCUGGAAGAAGGUUUCGACUGCUCCUACAGGUGCUAUGCGUCUCUACUUCCUGGUUUACCGUGUGCUGAUGAUGUCACAGAAGGAAGUAUAGGACCUCUCUGCCUGUAGAACAUCAGCCUCCUUGCACUUUCUAGAACUUCCUGUUUCCUGCUGCUGCUUGACUACCUGUUAAAUUGCACAACAUCUCUCAGACACUCUUAAGGCUCUGACCUCUAACCUCUGAACCCCAAGCAGCCAUGAGGCACAUUCACGUAGAUCUGACGCGAGGCAGCAAGGAGGAGCUGGCUCCUGUGGAGCUUCCAUCCCACAAGGGGGACAUGUCUUCUCCUGCAGCCCCCUCACAGGGCCCUGAUCCUGGGGUGAUGGUUGGGGUUUCCAGACACUUUGGUCAGGAGCAGCUGCGUCUCCAGAAGGUCUAUCAGCUCUCUAUCUUCUCCCAGCUGGGGGGGUUCUCAACCUCCGACCCCCCCAGGACAAGUGAGGCCCAGCCGGGACAGGCCCCUCGGAUAGCCAGGCAGGGGGUCAAGAGGGGCCUGGAGGAGCCCAAGCUUAGCCACAAAUGGCCCCACCUGGCUGGGGACACAUACAGAGAUGGUGACACCCUGGAAGAAGGGGUUCUGUGUGGGCCAGGACCUGGGGUAGGGGUUGGGAUGGGGGUAGGGGUAGGACAGGUAUUCUCCUGCGUCAUGGUCGAUCACAGAGACUCAGAUGGGGACCUGUCACCUAGAUCCCCCCCACCUGAACCCCUCUCCCCCGGCCACACCCCCGCCCGACGCCCCGCCCAGCACAACCACGACAGGCCCGUCCCGGACCCGUGGGCUCCGCAGUCUCCCCACAGCCCCCCUGGCUCCCGCAGCCCCUUACCCAGCACAGAGCCUCCUUCUGAUCCUGGAGGGUCCGGGACGGGCUGCAGUAGUGGCUCCUUAUCGGGACAGCGUCAGCCCAACUCCUGCAGUGACGAGGGUUCCUAUUGGGACCCCGGAGCCUUCGAAACCCCCAACCCCCCUGGACCUCCCCUCGGACCUACAGGCUCCCUCUCCCCUCACUACCUUCUCACCACAGACCCCAAGGGUCCCGGGGAGGGCAGUGAGUGUGGGGCCGAACUAGAAUCCACCCCGCCCCGUCCCAGUACCACAGCAUCCACCAACGAGCUGGCCUCCCUGGAGAAGACCCCCAGCAACAGCGGGUUCCGUGGCGUCCCCUCGGUCCCCUGCCCUGCUAAGAAGAAACUUCUAUCCUCUAGCGACACAGCAGAGUCGUGUUCGGAGGAUGAGGGCCCCUCUACCUCUAAGAGGAGCCGUCUGGCCCUGCUGGCCCCUGGCUUAGGGCUGGCCUCCUGCAGGGGCACCGAUGCCAAGGCUGCCCCCUUCUGGAGCCACCUGCUGCCUAACGCACAGGGCCGGGACCAUGCCAAGAGUGUACCAGAAGUCAGCAGAACCAGCAGGAGGCUGAAAAGUCGACAGCUGCGUAGUGGACGGCGCACAGACACCUUGUGUCGUUCUGCUCGGUCAGGCUGGCCCUCUUCCUCAAUCAGCCGGUCACUACUGGGCAACUUUGAGGAGUCGAUCUUGAAGGGUCGUUUCUCUCCGUCGGGUCGUAUCGAGGGCUUCACAGCAGAGAUCGGUGCCAGCGGAUCCUACUGCCCUCAACACGCCACUCUGCCUGUACACGUCACCUACUAUGACAUCUCAGAGCACAGCGCACCCUCACCCUUCUUGGGGGUGAUCUCCUUGGAGCCUCUUGGAAAGAAGGGAUACAGCGUACCCAAAGCAGGGACCAUCCAAGUGACCUUAUUCAACCCCAAUAAAACUGUGGUGAAGAUGUUCCUCGUGACCUAUAACUUUGGGGACAUGCCCGUCAAUCACAUGACCUUCCUGCGUCACCGCAUCUUCCUGGUUCCCGUGGAGGAGGCGGGGCCAGGUGGGAAGGGGGAGGGGCCUACAGAGCCCAGGGCAACACCCACAGAGAGGAAGAAGAUUCUCUGCUACUUGAUACACCUCAGAUUCCAGAGCUCUAAAUCUGGGAAGAUUUACCUGCACAACGAUAUCCGGCUGCUUUUCUCCCGCAAGUCCAUCGAGGUGGACACAGGGAUCCCUUAUGAGCUCAAAUCUUUCACCGAGGUGCCAAGAAACCCCAAAUACUCCCCCCGUGUGUGACCCUACGGCUCCUAAUCCCUGACCCCUAACGCAGCCCGGAAUAGGGCAUAGACAGACUGCUCAGUACAUCGACGAGAAAACUUGAAUAGACUUUAUAUAUAUAUAUACAUACACUAUAUACAAAUGUAUGUGGACACCCCUUCAAAUUAGUGGAUUCGGCUAUUUCAGCCACACCCGUUGCUGAUAGCUGUAUCAAAUCGAGCACACAGCCAUGCAUUCGCCAUAGACAGGCCAUUCUACUGCCAAUAUUUUACUGAAGAGCUCAGAGACUUUCAACGUGGCACCGUCAUAGGAUGCCACCUUUCCAACAAGUCAGUUUGUCAAAUGUAUGCCCAGGUAGAGCUAGCCCCGGUCAACAACGGCUCAGCCGCAAAGUGGUAGUUCUCACAAGCUCACAGAACGGGACCGCCGAGUGCUUAAGCGGGUAGCGUGUAAAACUCAUCUGUCCUCGGUUGCAACGGUCCGUUCCAAACUGCCUCUGGAAGCAACGUCAGCACAAUAACUGUUCGUCGGGAGUUUCAUGAAAUGGGUUUCCAUGGCCAAGCAGCCGCACACACAAGCAUAAGAUCACCACGCGCAAUGCCAAGCGUCGGCUGGAGUGGUAUAAAGCUCGCCUUUAUUGUACUAUGGAGUAGUGGAAACACGUUCUCUGGAGUGAUGAAUCACGCUUCACAAUCUGGCAGUCUGACGGACGAAUCUGGGUAUGGCGGAUGCUAGGAGAACGCUAUCUUUCCCAAUGCAUAGUGCCAACUGUAAAGUUUGGUGGAGGAGGAAUAAUGGUCUGGGGCUGUUUUUCAGUGAAGGUAAAUCUUCACUCUACAGCAUACAAUAACAUUCUAGAUGAUUCUGGGCUUCCAACUUUGUGGCAACCGUUUGGGGAAGGCCCUUUCCUGUUUCAUCAUGACAAUGCCCCGUGCACUAAGUGAGGUCCCUACAGAAAUGGUUUGUUGAGAUCGGUGUGGAAGAACUUGACUGACCUGUACAGAGCCCUGACCUCAACCCCAUCCAACACCUUUGGGAUGAAUUGGAACGCCGACUGCGAGUCAGACCUAAUCGCCCAACAUCAGCGCCCGACCUCACUAAUGCUCUUGUGGCUGAAUAGAAGCAAGUCCUCGCAGCAAUGUUCCAACAUCUAGUGGAAAGCCUUCCCAGAAGAGUGGAGGCUGUUAUAGCUGCAAAGGGGGGGGAACAACUCCAUAUUAAUGCCUGUGAUUUUGGAAUGAGAUGUUUGAUGAGCAGGUGUCCACAUACUUUUGGUCAUGUAGUGUACAUGCAUACAUACAAACAUGCACAGACAACAAGCAUUGAUCGAUACUUGCACCCAAGCUAAGCAGACGCGUGUGUGUGUGUGUGUGUGUGUGUGUGUGUGUGUGUGUGUGUGUGUGUGUGUACACAACUCACAGCACACAUGACCACUCUUCUGUCUAGAGUUGAGUGUUAACAUGCCUUGUGACCUAACCUAAAAACCAGUUUCGUUUCACACACACUGUCCUUCAUUCACUCUGCCUGCACCUGCCCUCUCACCCCCUCGGUGGACCAAUGGACAACCCUGCCACCUCAAUCAGCCAGCCAAUAGGAAGCCGGCAAGCCGCUAAUGGAGCACACAUUGGGAGAAGAGGACUGUGAAGAGCAUUAAACAAGCACAUCCCAGUAAAGGGGGGAGGGACAAAACACAAACUGUAUUUAACUGGAGAGAAGAUGAGAGACAGAGGAGCAGUAGUGAAACAAAGACUGAUUUAUCUCAAUCAAUUGAAGAA